AUGUUGACAAAUAGUAGUACUGACUACAUUCUCGAAAAUAUUUUAAAAGAAAUCUUAUCAGAAGUAAUAGUUUGAGUGUAAUUUAAAGAUGUUGUAAUUACUUGAAUAGAAUAUAAGAUCAGAAGAUGAGUUGCAACAUAUUUAAGAUCAAUUAUAGGAUUAUGAGAAUUUGCAUUAAUUAGCAGAAACAAUGAAGUUUAUCUUUAAUGCGUUAAAAAAGAAAUUUCAAGGAACUAAUAAUUAAUAGAAAUUUUUCAAAUGCGAACAAAAAUCUCAAAACUAUGAGAAAUUAGAAUAGGCAGUUCAAAAAUAUGAAUAAGAAAUAAGAGUUCACAUUAGAGUAUGAUAAAUAGGUAUAUAGAUUUAGUUAGACUUAACAUGAAAUGAGAAUUUUCAUUGAAACAAUUUAAUAAUAAUUAGAUGAAUCAGAAUAAGUUAGAAAAGAAUAUCUUAAAGAAACAACCUAGAUGAUUUUAGUAAGUUUGUUUUAUUAAACUUAGAAACUCAAAAAAGAGAAUUAUAAUUUAAUCUAACAAUUGAAAUAUUAUACUUAAACUUAUAAAUAAUAAACAGCAUUAAAUUCUAGAAGAGAUAGCUUAUAAACAAUAAAUUAAACUAUAUAAAAAUAACCUUCGAAGUCAAAUCAUUUAGGAAAUAAUUCUGGAAAAUAAGAUUAAUCUAAUAAUAGCUUUAUAAUGAAAUUACAAUAAACUAGUUUAAAUGAAUUGACAAAAAAUAAAGAUUCAUAGAAAUCUUUGGCUUAAAAACCACUUCAUUCAAAGUAAAAAAUUAUUUUAAUAAAAAAUAAGUCGAAAUAAGAGUUAUUCUGUGGGAAUAAGUAAAUAGAAUUUGAUAAAUAACAGCUUUAUUUAGAAAUUAAUAUUAGAGUAGGCUUCAAAAAGAAAGAGUUUACAUGCUGAAAGUCAUCGAUCUAAAGGAUUUGUAGAUUAACAGAAAUUAUCUGGGAAAUGA